UCCUUUGGUCAAAACGUUGUGAAUUGGCAAAUGGCAAUGGAGAUUGUCGUAGAAGAAUAUUAUAUUGCAUUCAGUGAGGGGGUGUGAAAAACGACAUGACAACGAGGCCGUUAUCUUUUAACGGGAAGAAGGAGAUGAGAGACGAACGAUGAUGGAGAGAAUGACGGAAGCUUUCAUCCGAACCGUCGUAGAAGCCAUUCACUCCUCUCCAUAUCAAGCCGUUCUCUAUCUUGCCGGUGGAGCUUCUCAGGUUAUAGGUUUAUUGCUAUCUGUUCCCGGUGCUUCAAAUACUGUGCUUGAAGCUGUUGUUCCUUACUCCAGGAUGUCUAUGAUCCAGUUAUUUGGCAAGAUUCCAUCACAAUUUUGUAGUCAACAGACUGCUGAAGAUAUGGCUUUAUUGGCUUAUAAUCGUGCGCUUAAGCUCUCCAAGCCAGGAUCCCCAGUUGUUGGUGUGGGUUUCACCGGUUCAUUGGCUAGUGGUCGUCCGAAACACGGAGAACAUAGAUUUUAUAUGUCAACAAGGACAGCCGACCGACUUUGGAUAUCAAAAGUGACCUUGACUAAGGGGCUUCGUACUCGUGAAGAAGAAGAUAGAGUUUCUAGUCAUCUUUUGCUCAAGGCUAUUGCAAAUGCAUGCAAGGUUCCAGCAAACCCUGUUUCGGAGUUGAGUGAAUCAGAUGUAUCUGAUGAACGUGAACAGAAAUUCAAUGAAGAUCAAGAAUUAGAACAACUCAUAAAUGGUCAAAUAUGCUUUAAAAUUUAUCCAUUUGGAAGUGAGAUUUCCGCAGAAAGGAAAAUAAUACUGCCUGGUUCUUUCAAUCCUUUACAUGACGGGCAUCUCAAGCUCAUGGAAGUUGCAACUCGCAUUUGUGGUGAUGCGUAUCCAUGCUUUGAAAUAUCUGCAGUCAACGCAGACAAACCUCCACUGUCAGUGUCUCAGAUCAAAGAUCGCGUCAAGCAAUUUGAAAACGUUGGACAGACCGUAAUUAUAUCCAAUCAACCUUAUUUUUAUAAGAAGGCUGAACUUUUUCCGGGCAGUGCUUUUGUAAUUGGUGCUGAUACAGCAGUGAGACUUAUUAAUCCCAAAUACUAUGACGGGGACUACAACAAAAUGAUGAAGAUACUUAUUGGUUGUAAAGAAAUAGGAUGUACUUUCCUUGUGGGUGGUCGGAAUGUAGAUGGUGCAUUUAAGGUUCUUGGCGAUUUGAAUGUUCCAGAGGAACUAAAAGACAUGUUCGUCUCCAUUCCAGCCGAACAGUUCCGCAUGGAUAUAUCUUCUACAGAGAUAAGGAAAAAAAGUGGGAUGUAAAUAUUUUCAUGGCUGAAGGUCAAUAUAUUAUAGACUAGGGUGAGAUGACUUCCUUCCAUGAAGCACAAAUUCGCAUUAUAAAAUUGGCAAGCAAGAUCGUCUGCAGUUUGAUAUAAAAUGCUAGAGGUACAGUUUUCUGAUCCAACGUUUUAUGUUCAUCCAAUCCAACUAUCUUUUUCAUUUCUUAAAGAGGAGGCAUGUGUGUGUUGGAUACGUAUUGAAUACUCAUACACAGAUAUUAGGGUGUGCACGUUCUUCAUUUUUAGUAGAUUAAGAUUACGAUGUAUUUUAAAUUUUAAGUUAAAAUGUGGCAAUUGAAUUAAAUGUGCAUUACUAUUGCAACA